AACUGGCUGCAUUGGGGCCAAUUUGGGGGUGCCACUGAGGAGCAGGGUUGGCCAUGGGUUAGAGCGAUCCUUCCUCGGGAUGUGACCUCUCAAGGAGUUUGGGGGGCAGGAAGGGAUGUGAAGUGGUGGCUGUGGGGCAGUAAAGGUCUCUGGGAAAAACAGCCAGUGCGUUGAGAAGCCUGUCUGAGAACAGAGAACGUUAACGGUGUUGUUUACUACUUUCUAAAACCUCUCCCUUCCUCAUGGCUGGGAGGAAGGCUUGCCUUGAUGACUUCUAAUUUUACACUUCAACUCUUUCAGAUUCUGCCGAUCUCCCAAGGUCGGGGCUUGAACCCUGUCAGAUAAAGUCAAAAAGGCCCCCCCUCUUUUCCCAGCCAUGCAAACUGCGGGAUGAAGCUGGAAGCUGUGGUCGAGCAGCUGCAGAAGCAGCAGCAGAAGCAGCAAGCUCCUCUGCAGAUGGAUUCCAGGGAGAGACAGCAGAGGCAGAUGAGGGAAGCCCAGCUGCUGUAUACUCAGCAGCUGGCAGUACAGCAGGCUGGUCUUGCAGGCUUUCUCCCAGCCACAUCUGGCAGGCCUUCGGGCGGCUCUGCUGUUGGUCCUUUGGCCAGAGGCCCACCUGCAGCUGGGGCUACGCGAGCUUUUGAUCAGAGCAGCAUGAAUUCAGAGCCAGAAGAGGAAGAGGAGGAUGAAGAAGAGGAGGAAGAAGAUGAGGAAGACGAAGGGGGUUUGGAAGGUGGAGAGCUUGAGGAUGGCGCUGAAGUGACUGGAAAAGACACCUGCUCUGCUCUGAAAUAUUUUCAUGCUCCCAAAGUUACCCAUCACAACCAAAGAGUGGCUUCUACCUCUAAUCCUCUUCCAGUUUCGGGGCACCAGCGGGGACAACAGGGGAAAGAAGAACAGGGUAAAGACACUACUAAGCAAACGUAUUCGGGUUCCCCAUCUGGGCGUCAGAACUGGAGGCUGGAUGAGCAGCUCAAGCAGAACGGCAGCGUGACCUGGAGUGAUGAAGGUGAUGGAUGCCGAGGAAGAGAAAUUUCACGAGACUUUGCCAAGCUCUAUGAACUGGAUAGUGACCCUGAACGGAAAGAGUUCCUGGAUGAUCUCUUCAUCUUUAUGCAGAAGAGAGGAACUCCCAUCAAUCGGAUCCCCAUCAUGGCAAAACAGAUCCUGGAUCUCUACAUGCUCUACAAACUGGUGACUGAGAAGGGAGGGCUAGUAGAAAUCAUCAACAAGAAGAUCUGGCGGGAGAUCACCAAAGGCCUUAAUCUGCCCACCUCCAUCACCAGUGCCGCCUUCACGCUUCGAACCCAGUAUAUGAAGUACUUAUACGCCUAUGAAUGCGAGAAGAAAUCCCUCAGUUCUCCUGCUGAGCUGCAGGCUGCAAUCGAUGGCAACAGGCGGGAAGGCAGACGGCCCAGCUACAGCUCCUCUUUGUUCAGCUACUCACCCACCACUACAGGGCCUCCUUCCCUCCUUUCUCCCCCAAAGAUCCGCUUCCCAAUCAUCGGCGUCGCGCCAGGCAGUGGGACCAGCAAUCCUCGCGUGUCUCCAGCAGCAGCUGUCAGAAAAGGUGAGAGUGUGCCCUUGACUGUGUCUAUGCCAAAUCGUAUUGCUGUGCCAGUGACCUUGGCUAGCCAGCAGGCAACUGUGGCAGCAAGAACAGCCACUCUGGAACAGCUGAGGGAGAGACUGGAGUCUGGAGAGCCUCCAGAGAAGAAGGUCUCGCGAAUGACAGAGGAGGAGCAGCGGCUUGUCCAGCAGGCUCUUCAGCGCAACCUGUUCAGCAUGGCACGGCAGAUUCCCAUGAAGAUCAAAAUCAAUGGCAAGGAAGAUAAACCAGACUCGGCGGCAGCAGCAGCACUGAAUUUGUCACCUAACGGCAUUGGGAGUAUUAACAUGUCGGUGGAGAUUAACGGCACAAUCUAUGCUGGAGUGCUGUUUGCCCAGAAGCCAGUCGUCCACCUCAUUGCAGGCUCCAGCACCCAAAGUUCCUGCAGCAGCAGCAGCAGCUCCCACUGCUCUCCCAGCCCUACCUCAUCCCGGGGAACCCCCAGUGCAGAGCCCUCCACCAGCUGGUCUCUCUGAUGGACGGCAGAGCUUGCUGUCUCUCACACUGGCCUCCGGCAGCUCAGUCCUCUCUGCUCACGGCAGGGAGUGAGCCGGGAAGGAGUCGCACAGAUUACCUCAUCUCAAGGAACCUGCUUUGUGGUUGGCCAACGGCAAGAUGAUGAUACUGAAACCUUUCCAUGCCAGCGAGUUUUUCCUCAUCAUCUGUUUGUCCAGCCCUUUUCUUUGUUCUCCCCUUUCUUCCUCCCUUUUACUUUUGUUUUCUUCCUCCUCCUCCCAGGGUUUGCUGUGUUCCUGAUGGGGGGUGGGACACGGAGAAGGGGGCACACCUGGCGUUUUUCAAUCAGGGAUCGUCUCUAGGAGCUGUGGGCUGAUAGAUGGCUGAGACGUCACCAAGGCAGGUGGAAAGAGCUGGAGUUGGGGCAGGGAAAUGGGGUUCUCCUUGAACCAGUAGCCCCACAGACUCUUCCCGUAAAACAACUCCGUGUAUUGACAAUCCUAACAGCCAGCAGGGUGCCUUGCCCCUGUCCUUCGUUGGCUUUUGCUGCAGAAGGUCACGCAGCUGUAGAGCAGGCGAGCUUCCUCGCUUUUCUUCAACCUGCAUCAUGGUCCAGUGUUCGUAUGUUCUCCCCUGGGUGCCAGACUUGGCUAGAGCACAUGGCCCCUGCUUGUGGAGUCACGAGAGACUUUAUGAGCCUCUUUCCCCCUCUGUGAGGUCUUGGCACCACAGGGAGGACUUUCCCACCACUAUGUUUGAUCCACAGAGACAGAAAAAAGACUGAUCAGCUGCUUCAUUCUGGCUGGUGCGGGCCUGUUUCCUCCUGCUGCUUUCUGCAGGCCUCCAGCAAAGUUUUAAAUGCUCUAGAGCUUGUCUCUCUCCCCAUAGGAAAUUCAUCCACUGUGACAUUUACCCUGAAAGCCUGAACUUACUUUUGCUCGGUUUUGAUCCUCAGCCGCUUGACACAAAAGGGCUGUCACUUUAGUUGAUCUAGGCUUCCUGGAGUGACUUUGUUCUUUUAAGGUGUAUUUCAGUAGCCCCUGGAAGUUCUCCACAUCCAUGCACUGAGAAAACAGAAGGUGAUAUUUAAAAUCUACUUAAGUGGGGCUGUGUUGUGUAUGUAUAUAUUAUGGUUAACGUAUAACACUUCUUUUAGUUGCUCUCUGAACAAGCCUCCGGAAGCUCGGUCCCCUUCAGAUUGUUUGGGAGCAAAAAGAAAGAAGCUCUCAGUCAAAUAAGACCUUUUGCUCUCCUGGAUGGAAGCAGAAAAAACUAAAUCAUUGCCGUUUCCCUUCAAACCUCCAAUUUAAAGCAAACUAAAACUGGCCAUGGUUCUUCUGGAGCCAACCAAGCUAACUUUGUGGCUCCGUGAACCCAGCUCCUGCUCACGUGGCCUCACCCUGUCCUCUCUUCUCCUGCUGUGUAUUGGGCUGGCCUUUCCCACGCACAUCUCCCCCAGCCUGGAGAUCAGCUCCAAGCACCAUCCAUCCUGCCCUGGUGACGUCCUUUCCAUCCUCCAGGCCCAAGUCAGGUUUUUUUGAGCAGAUGAAAUACCUCAGAUAUGUACUUGUUGGGUUUUUUGUUUGUUUGGGGGGUGUUUUUUUUUACCUCUUCAGGAAGUAUUGGCAUAUCUUAACGCUUGGGUUUUUUUUAUAUGUGGUUUUGCUGACAUUGUGUUUAUUUUUUAUUUUUAAUUGUAGCACCAAAGACAAACAAAAAAACAAAGCUGAGUGAAGGAGCAGUGGCUUCCCCAGCCUUUAGGCUAGCCAGGAGAGUAGUUGAACAGUAUUGUCCCAGGACAUGCGCAUGAUGCAGGAGGACAGGUAGAGGUAGGAAAAAGGGACGAGACUGACUGCUGAGUUAGAGAAUCUGUCCUUCUUGUUGGACAUCAGGAGGUCUCCAGGGUCCCCAUUCUUGUUUCAGUACUUCAUAAUCUGUGUCUUUAGCAAAAAUUCUUAGUGCAGCGGGAACAUGACAGCACUGCUUACACCACAGAUUUGCCAGGCCUCUCACAGCAAAGUGGUUUCUGACAGCUGAAAGCACAGUUUGAUCUGGUGGCUUUGCACAGGACCAACCUCCUCAGCUAAGUUUGUGUUAUUCUGGGGUCAUUAGAUGCGCAGGCACAACACAGUUCAAUUCUGUCUACUCUACAAGUCCAAGCUGUGUUGGGUGCUACAUUACUGGAGCCGUUGCGAGAGCAGCUGUGAGAGUCACCAAAAUAACAGAAGUUACUCCAGUUUCAGUUUUCACCUAUAUGUAGGGGCCAGUUACCAAACUGUGUAAUGACUGUCCUAACUAGUAAAUUUAUUACAAUCUAAGUCAAAACCGUAUCAGAGCUCCAGAGAUUCGGCUUGCUUUAAAAACUAGUUUUUAAAAGCCAGGAGUGUGGCUGGAGAGUCAUCACAUGCUCCCCAGCAAGCGGACAGGUAGUUGGUCCUUCUGGAUGUCUGUACUACCACCAUGUUUGUGGACUUUUGUUGCUCUUUUGUUGCCUUCAAGUUUCUAGCAGUUCCUUUAACUGGUCUUUGUCUGAGACCUCUGACGCUAAUCACCCAUUAGCUGUCAGUGCUAUGUUUCUUCUCCCAGUGAAUGAAGAUCUUUCUCUCUUCAACUGGAGACAAAGGAAGGUGGUUACCCACCAUCUUACCGCUCCAGAGGUUCUCACCUCAGUAAGUGGAGCUGAGCCACACUAUUGUAGGGAAUUUCAGCCCACAAUUAGAUGAGCAGAGACCAAGAGUUAUCUCUGAAUGAAUGUGGUGUCAUACCAGGAUGGGAACGUAGCCUUGGAACUGCUUUCCAAGGUGAGCUGAGCUGUUGGGAGCAUUUAGCUCUGUGAAAGACAAGAAUUUGGAAGCACUGCUACAAGUAUAGACUAUGCCUUUCUGCCUGCAGAGCUGGGCCAAAGCCACUGAACUCUUUCACCAGUCUAAAAGCAUCUUUCACUUCCACAUCCAGCCUUCAGGUCCCCAAGCGCUUGUAUACGCUAAGUUGAUCUGCAGAGGGUGGGAGCACAGCUGCCUGAUGCAGUUCGUGUCCUUCCUGGGAUAUACUGCGAGUGACUCUUUGUGGCCUGU